CACGUUAUAACAGUCAGAUACAUGACGAGUCCUGGUUUGAGGCAUCUAGCACAGAUUUUGGAACUGACCGAUCAUGAAACAGACAUGUUGGAUCGAAUCUAGACUCAGUGAUCUGUCGAGUUUCCACUCCGUUUCCUCACAAAUUUCUGCGGGAAGUUCUAUUCCUUCGAUCAGCAUGGCUAUUGAUCCUCUCCAGUUUAUUUCCCUUAUUGCCUUCCUUUCCGCCCUUGAGGCUCGUGGAGUGUCUCUAGCCACUGGCCUGACCAACACGAUCAUCUAUUUCCCGUUUAACGGACUAUCGAACGGUUUUUCGUUUGGACCGUCAAAAACUCGCAUGUCCGCUUCCCAUAUGGGCUUCUUUGAUCAUACUGGUGAAGACUUUGUACAGGAUCCUUCCACCCGCGACUCCGGCUAUCCUCUGGGUUUUUCGGACACGACAUCUUCCACUGCAUCUUUUCCUCUGUUCUACCAGUUUCUUCUUAUCUUCUCAGGUCAACUGGCUUCUAUCUCGCGAGACAUCUUGUCACUGCGUCGUUCUGUUGCCUCGCUCGAGUCAUCGUUGUCUGCAGCUGAGGAUCAAAUCGCUUUGCUUACCAACGCGCAUGAAUCGAUUUUGGCACAGUUUAAAGACGAAGUAUCACAGAAUCCUACCAAGGCAUCGUUCUGUUGCGAGGAAUUGGGUCGACAAUUACACUACCCGUCCAGCACCAUGAACAUCCAGCAGGGUCGAGUGAGCACGCUGCGCCAGGCGUGCACAAUCCAUAUUAGUCCAGACCACCAACCACUUGUUGAGCACGCGCAGAGUUAUAAAGAGUUUGAGACCCCCCAGAAAUGUCUUCGCGCUCAAUUUACUACUCAGAUUCAGGAACAUAUUGAGUGCAAGAAACACUACGCUGCUUUGCGUCAAGACUUGCAAAAACUCUCGGACUUGGUUUCGAUCAACGAUACUAAGACCAAUAUAUCGUUGGAUCACCUUCGUAGUCAGAUCGUUGACCAGCUCAAAGACCAAAAUCGGACCGAGAAAGAAGUUGCACUCUUGCGCGAACAGAUGACAAGGAAAUUUGGGGCGUUUCAGUCCAGAGUAUCUUCUCUUACAUUAGACACCGUGAAGGUACAUCAUGGCGUUCAAUUAUCGGACCAGGCUGCCAAAGAAGCUCGUCGGGAAAAAGCGAUGGCGGCGCUAGGCCGUCGUAUUACGCAGCUUCAAGACACCGUCCCACAGAAUAACGGAAAUGAUGCGAUGGUUCCAAUUUCAGUCGGGCGCUUCCAGGACUCUGAUGUAUUCAAGGCUUCGUCACCCUGUGUCCAAUGGGUUGGGACUACUGCUCCCUCCGACAUCAAGGUACUGCGUUCACCACCCCCAUCUCGGAAAUACAUAUCAUGCAAGGAAAGUGUGAAUGGUAUCCAUUCUCCCUCCACCACUGUUGCUUUUCGUCAAGUUGAUGCUAAGGUUGGCGUCCUGAGGACACAGAAAGGACCCAUAAACACUGCCUCGUCCCAACACAAGGAUGUCAACUGGAUGCCGACCCCUUCGCCGUCGUCACCAGCACACGUUGUGGUUUCCACCAUACCAGUCUUACCUCGUCCAGGGCUCUCAGCAAUACGGCGUGAUCAUGUCCCUGCGUCACGAAUCUUCAAGCCUAGUGACUCAGAAUACCGCAAUAAGAGCCUCUACGCCUCUCCUCAGAAUGGCGGCGGCGCCCGCAUCCGGGGAUGGAUAUAAAAGCCGGUCUUCUGCCUAUCCUUCUUUGAAACUUGAGGAUAAAAUGGGUUUUUCUCCAUCACCCUGCGUUGCAAUGUAUACCGUCAAUGAUGUAUUGAUAGGUACUAAUUGCUACCUAUCAAGGACUCGUUUUUGUGCCCUGCUGGCAUCAUCAUCAAUGUUUUUGUAUACAGAACCUUGACGGAACCUCAGCCUGCCCCAGCAUGAUUUGAUAUCUGGCAGUUCUGCCAUCCACGUGGCAGAAUAAAGAGUUUUUUUCACCCAAGACAUUGAAUGUAAAUAUCUGCUGGCGAACGUAACAGGCGUGAGCAGCGAGGGUUGCCU